AGGCGGCAGUCGCGUUUCCCUAAUGAGUGAGUUAACUUCGGGAGGUUAAUCUAUGAGUUAAACCUCGAGCCACAUUUACUGUAGCCUACAUUAGACAACAAUGUGUUCAGUUGAGUCUUUGAGAGAGUUUGUCAACGAGCGACUAACUGCUGCUGCUGAAGAAAUAUUGGGAGUUUUUCAAAGAAGCAUCGUCGAGUACGAGGAAGAGAUCGAUCGUCAGCGCAGACUGUUGGAUAUCGUUUUGAAGCCUGAAAUAAAGUUACACAGGACAGAGCUCCCACAGCAACAUGUGUGUAAGGAGGAGGAGGUUGUCCCUGAGCAGCAGCUCUGUAUUGAGGAGAGGAAGUCCAGUGUGGACCAAGAGGAGCCAGAGCCUCCACACAUUAAAGAGGAAGAGGAGGAAGUGUGCAGCAGUCAGGAGGGAGAGCAGCUUGUAGUGAAGCAGGAGACUGAUGGCUUUAUGUUGACUCCUGCUGAUGAGGAAAGUGAGCACAGUGAAGACCAGACUCUGGACUUCAUUCAUGAUCACACUCAAACCAGUGAGCACCAGCUGCUCUGUCACAACUCUCAUGUAGCUGAGAGGCAAGAUGAGGAAGAAUACCAGCAUGGAAACUCGGGAUCAACUAGAAACACAGAGCUUCAAGCAGAGAAAAGACAUCAUGAAAGUGAAAUGAACAGUAACAGUCCACACACCUCUGCUGUGAUAACCUUAAAUACAGGUAAAAAGCCUUUAAAAUGUGACACAUGUGGGAAAGAUUUUGAGUUCAAGUCAAAAUUGCAGAGACACCUGAACACCCACACAGGUGAGAAGCCAUACCUUUGCAAGACCUGCGGGACAAGAUUCAGUGAAAAAUAUCUUAUGAAAAGACAUUUAAGAACCCACACAGGUGAGAGGCCAUUUAUAUGCAAAACGUGUGGGAGAGCUUUUAGAUCGAGAAAUUACCUGACUGUCCACAUGAGAACGCACACAGGUGAGACGCCAUACGUUUGUAAGACCGGCGGGAAAAAAUACAGUAACAUAACAGCUUUGAAAAAACAUGUUAAAAUCCAUGCAGACGACAAGCCAGUUUACUGUAAAAUAUGUGGGAAAGAUUUCAGAUUUAAUCAAGAAUUGAUAAUACACAUGAGCAUCCACACAGGUGAGAGGCUGUAUACUUGUGAAGUAUGUGGGAGAGCUUUCAAACGUUAUGAUGUCUUGUUAGUCCACAUGAGAACCCACACAGGUGAGAAGCCGUAUACUUGUGAUGUAUGUGGGAGAGCUUUCAGACAUAAUGGUCACUUGUUAGUCCACAUGAGGACUCACACAGGUGAGAAGCCGUAUACUUGUAAAGUAUGUGGGAGAGCUUUCGGACGUAAUGGUGUCUUGUUGGUCCACAUGAGAACUCACACAGGUGAGAAGCCGUAUACUUGCAAAACAUGUGGGAAACACUUCAGAUCUAGGAGUAACUUGACAGGCCACAUGAGAACGCACACAGGUGUAAAGGUGCGUGACUUGAGCACAGAGGUUCCAGUUGAAUAUGUCAUUCAUGAUGACACUCAAAGUGCAGCAGAGAAAGAGUCUGUAUUUAAAAUGCCAGUUAUAAGCUCUGUGAUAUCAGAAGCAACCAGUGAGCACCAGCUGCUCUGUCACAACUCUCAUGUAGCUGAGAGCCAAGAUGAGGAAGAAUACCAGCAUGGAGACUCAGGAUCAACUAGAAACACAGAGCUUCAAGCAGAGAAAAGACAUCAUGAAAGUGAA